AUGUACAUUCCAGAGGAUGGCCCUUAUCCACUCGGCACCAACACUGUCACGUACACUGCCACAGAUUCCAGCCGCAACAGUGCUAGUUGCACAGUGGAGGUCACUGUGAAAGACGAAGAACGACCAACCAUUCUCACCUGCAUAGAUAGCGUCGGAACGACCAAUAUGGGAUCAGGCGUAGCGACGGCCUCCUACGAACUACCCACUGGCAUCGAUAACUCGGGCUUAGAAGUCACUGUUCAGUGCACGCCGGUACUGGGCACCCUCCUCCCACUAGGAACUCACACGGUCACCUGUGUCUUCCGUGAUCAAGCGGUGCCUGUCAAUAUCAACCUUUGCUUCAUAACGGUGACUGUAGGUGACGAUGAGAUGCCUUCGAUCGCCUGCCCAUCCAAUAUCACAGUAGGAACAGACGCAGGCGAGUCACACACAAUUCAGACCUUUCCAACAAGCUACACAGCGUCAGACAACUCCGGCAGCUUUGCUGUCAAUAUCACCAAUGUCUACCCUGGUUUGCCAUCUCAGGGACCAUUCACCCCAGGAAGUACUUAUACCUUCGAAAUUAACGACAGCCCCUAUAUUUGGUACUACAUAGCGUACGAUUCUCAUGGAAAUGAGGACAGUUGUGUAUGGACGAUCAGUGUCAUAGAUGAUGAAAACCCUGACAUCACAUGUCCUGCCGCAAUCAUGGUUUUCGAUUGA